AUGGAGGAGGACUGGCGCCAAAGUAGCCCGCUAUCCUCUUCUCCAGGUCGACGGCUGCCAGAUUUGUCAACCAGCAAAUGGCUGACACCUUCGCCGCCUAGCGGGCCUAGUGCUAGCGCCCCAAGCAGAGGGCCGCGCCCUCCGACGGAACCACUCGUGGCCGAUGUGGCGCGGCCGUUCCGAGCCAGCUCGCCCCUGCGGCUGACGCUCUGGGAGGAGAGGCAGCUUCAACGCUGCCUCCGUGCCUGGUCGGGGAUCACGACCUCUGUGGUGCCAGCCAAAGAGCUAGCUCCUGCUUUUAAGGGAGCCGAAGGACCUGCACCGACGCCGCCAGCGCAGACGCGUCUCGAUCGAGUGUGGCACGCCUGGCGACGACUGGUGGCCUCGGACCGCGCGGGCGAGAUCGAGCUCUCGGUCCAGCUCCUCCGUGAGCAGAUGGCCCGGACCCAGCGAGGGAGCCUCGAGCACUGGCGGCGCUGGGCACAGCGCGCUCCCGGAAGGAAUGAUCGCCGACGAUUUCGUGACUGUCGGCGGCGUCUGGCAAUUCACCGCUGGCGCCGGCGGUGUCUGGAGAGACAGCAGCGAUGGGCGCUUGCUGACCAGGCCAGCGCUCUCCUCCGCGUCCGUGCCCUCCGCCGGGCCCUCCGCAGCCUCGCCAAGGGCCUCGGCGGGAGCCGUGCCAAAGAUGAGGACACUCGGCGCAAGAAGCGCCUGGCUCUGCAGAACGCGCAGCUGCGUCGCCAGCUGAGCUCAGGAUUUCAGUGGUGGCUGAGUUCUGCCGGCGGGUCUCGGCGGGAAGCAGCGGCUUGCGUGGCAUUGCGGCGCUUUGCAGCACGCCGGGCACUGUACAGGUUGCAGUCGAACCUUCGAGACAGCAAGGAGAUGCAGCUUGCAGAGACCCUGGGUCAGAUGCAAGCGAAGGGCUCCACACGACGAAGGGCGAUUCGGAGGUGGUCACGCUGGUGCCGCAAGCGUCAGCAGAGGCGCCUGCUACUGCGAGGACACCUCCAGAACUACAGCAGGCCACGCUCCCUUCGCCGCUGCUUUCUUGGUUGGGCUUCACACGCCCGCGAAGAGCAGAGGAAUCAAGUCACGCUUCAGAAGGCACAGAUCAUUCUGGACUUGUCCCUCAAGAGCCGCACCUUCCACAGCUGGUGGGGUCGGUGGCAACUGGUCUUCAAGGGCGUCCUCUUGCUACGAGGUCUUGGCCGGGCUCUGGAUUCAGAGCUGCUGCGCGGGUUCCUCGCAGAGUGGCGGGCUUCCCUUCAACGUCUCCAACAGGAGCGCGUGGUUCUGCACGGGCUCUUCGAAAGUCUUCGAAGGCGUCUCCAAAGAGGCGCUGUGCGAAGCCUGACCGACUUUGCGGUCACGAAGCGCCGCCACGGCGAGGUUUCAGCAGCGAUCGAAGAGCGGCAGCGGAGGUUCCUUCAGGCAGCCGCCCUGCGCGCAUGGAGGGACCGGCACCGUGCCGGUCGUGAUGCCACGUCGAAGCUGCGAGGCUUGCACGAUGGCCUUCGCAGCGACUUCAUUUCCAUGUUGCUUGCUUCCUGGAAGCUGACAGCGCGGCAGCUUAGAGAGGCGCGAGCGGCAAUCGAAAUCCUCGCGCGAGGAAUGGGCAAGAUGCGACAAGCAGGAGCCCUGUCCCGGCUCCGCGGCUUCCACUUCGAGCGGCUGAAAGAGGAGCGGCUUUUGGUGGCCGAGGAGGCCGUGCAAGCCAUUCGGCGGAGAAGGCUCUGGCAUUUCAGCCUGGGCCGCUGGAUCCAUCUGUUCGAUGCUGUCCGGUAUCGUCGACAUCAACAAACGACCGGGCUGAUUGGUCGAAGCUGGAGGGCUUGGCUCCAGGUCGUGCAGGAAGCACUGGAACUGGCCACGCUGCGUGUUGCCCGAGGCAUGACACGCCGCCUGAGCUUGCUAUUGCGAGCUGGCUUCGAAUGCUGGUGUACAGCCGUUCAGAGAGGCCGUGAGUUCCGGACUUUGGUUCCAGUCCUUCUCGAGUCUGUCUCCGAUGUUUUUGAAGCGCAUGCGCUGCGCAGCGAGUGGUGGGCCUGGCAGCAAUGGUGGUGCCACGUCGGGGAGUGCCGAGCCGCAGACACCGAAGAGUUGCUGCUGUCGUGUUUGCGCGCCUGGCGGCAAAGCUCCGUGGAGCAGCGCCACAAGCGUGGGGUGCAUCUGCUCUGCGAGCGUUACCGUCACACGCGCACCAAGCGCAAAGUGCUGCAUUUCUGGCAACGCCGCUUGAGGCAGCUCUCCCUCAUCAUACAGUCCGUCCAUCUUUGGACUGCAUCUCGUGCCACACUCUGGGCGCAGACCGUGGCAAUGGCUUGGCACGGCUGCGUGGUGCGUCGCCGACGGAGCCAGGUCGCCGCAGUCCGGCUUUUGUGGCAGAGGAGGGCGCGUUUGCUGUCGUGUUGGCGGCUUCUCCUUCUGCGACGCCUCGCCGGGCAGGGCGUGGCAGAGGCUGUGCUUCUCUCCCGGGCACUGCGUUGGAUCCGCGCCUGGCGACUCUGGGCCUUCUCGCAUGCGCGGAAGAGGGAAGCGGAUGAAGUGAAAGCGACAUUCGUUCGUCAGUCGCGGCAACGUUGGUGGGUGGAGCGUUGGUGCUCGGUCUGCCGCUUGAACCGCCUAGUGGAUGUGGCAGAGAAGUGGGAUGGUCAAGUCGUUUGUCGGCAGCUGGUCCGAAGAGCCUUCAGGGGCUGGUCGGCGCUGAUGGGGCUGUAUGCCUGUGCGGAGAAGGCUACGACAAGGGUGGGCGAACUUCGCAUGUCUCGCAUGCUGCGUCUUUGGUCCUUCCUCCUGCGAGUUGGAGAAAAGCGGCCUCAUCAAAUCAUGCGCAGCACCCUUGCCAGCUGGGCAGCUGCACGGAGCCGCAACACAGAAGUUCGGCAGGGUCUGUAUAGGCUUGGCCGUUGGACGAUGAAGCCAGUUUUCCAGCAGUGGCUGUUGUACCUCAGAGACCGCAGGCGACGUCAGGGCCUCGUGGGCAGCGGCAGGAACAGCAUGGAGGCCAGCGCCAAGAGCCGCGAGCAGCGCAGCGCCCUGAAGUGGUGGCAUCACGUGGCCUCCGAGGCCAUCCGGGAUUAUUGGGAAGUGCAGAUUGCUGGCAAGCAGUCGAGCAUCGGCUUUCGACAUGUCGUUGGCGACAUGGUCUUGGACUCCGAACACCGCAAGGCAGUUGUGAAAUGGCUUGCCGAGUUCGACAACAUUCGCUAUCGAGUGAAAGACAAGCAGAAACGAUGCCACUUCGUUCAAGUGGCGAUUCUGGAGUUCUCCGCUGACCUGAAGGAGCUCCUGUAUUUGGAGGAGUACAUGCAGAGCGUGGCCGGAGCAGGGUUCCGGUGGCCAGGCCUUGCUACCCCUGAGCCUCAAAUGCGGGCAAUCCUGCGGAUGGAGCCAGAAUCCUUCGGAACUCCACCGUCACCAUCAACAUGCCAGCGCUGUGGUGUGGCCUUUCCAUCCAGGAAUGCGCUUUUCCGGCACAUCCGCGAGGGGUCUUGCUAUGAAAAGAAACCGCCUGUGCCACCUUCCACCCUUUCCAGGGAGUCGCGAAGGCACGUUGCGUUGACGGUGUCGUACCAUCACUGGGAGGACCGCCUGUGGAAGGAGCUGGUGCGUGCGGCCUGGACAGCAUUCCCGCCAAGCCAAGCGGAAAAGGAGAAGCAGCACCCAUCACCUCGACUUUCCGGCGCUGUGCCGUCCAACCGGACUGCCAAUGCAGUAGUGAACGUUUUGGGCAUGCGCCUUCCGAAAUGUGCCGAAGGGAUUCCGGAUGCAGAGGUGGGCCAACGCAUUCGGGAGGAGCUCGCUGACGCCUCCAACUUCCGUAUCCUUGCAUGCACGGGCGUCGACUCUGGUUUCCAUGCUUCAUGCUUCUGCGAAGUCCAACGGUAUGAAGUCAUGGUUCCUUGGUCAGUGCUGGAACCAGAUGAUUUCCGCCCAAGCAUUCUGCAAGGGUGCGAAGAGUCAGCCGUGCAGUUCGACCGUGAGCUUGCCAAGCGCGUGAAGCGUGGGAUCCAACAUUUCCGACCAGGGCCCCGGUGCUGGCGGAACUUCUGCGACGCGCGGAGCGUGGGCAGAGGGGAGCCGCCCAAGUUUGGCCUGAACCGCUUCAGAGCGACGGUGGGCCCGGAUGGGUGGUUCAUCCUUUCCCUGGGAGUGCAGAGUGCCUUGCCCGGCAUGGUGGAGCGGAUCGUCGGAGGCCUUGUCCUUUGGACUCGUGGCUUUGUGCCCGACGACUUUCUGAAGCAGGCCUUUUCCGGCGAUCUGGUCCCGGUGCCAAAAAUCCCCAGCUUCUGCGUCUAUUUGCGGGCUCCGCACAUGUAUCGAUAUGAACACAAGUACGGCAUCAGCCUGACAGAAUGCGAUUUGACAGACGAUUGUCUGCAAACGCUGCGGCAAAGAAUUGUGUCGGAGGAGCAGGAAGCUGGGUGCAAGGACGGCAAGCAAAAGACGGCAGACCAACACUGCCAACUGCCAGCCGACGCGCGCGCUGUGAACAUGGGCCUGCAGGUUCGCCGGGAGCAGCGAAAAGAUGCUGCAAACGCGCCGAGUGCAGAGCGCGACAACGAGAGGCAUGAGCAAGUGCUCCGAGUUCGACGCCGCGAGUUUCUCCACCACUGGCGGGAGGCACUGCUUUUCAAGCGUGCACGGAUGUGGCAGCUGCAGCGGCCCCGCCUGGUGAUGGACAUUACCGGGCAGACCAUUCUCGCGUCCUCCUUCCUCGUUCUCGCGCAGCGUGCUCGCCAAAGGCGAGCUGCUCGCAAGGCGCAGGAGAAGGUGCGCAGCAUGUGCGAUCGAUCUUCGCUCAUGCGAAGCUUUGACGAGUGGGCGAAGGUGUACGAGCACGAGUCUUCCAGCUUCUUUGCCUCUCGACUUCUUGAUCGGUGGAAGCUCUCGAGGAUUCUUGAGCGCUGGAAGCAGCACACGGUCUUCAGAGCCGGAUUCGCGUCCCAUGUCAAUCAGAAGGCCGACAGUGCGAAGCUCCAACGACUUGCCAGCUGCAUGGCGGCCUGGAAAGAAAGGCUGCAGCUUCGACAGCUGGUCGCCGGCAUGUGGCUUGGGCGCCGCCGGGCCUGGAACGCGGCUUUGUUCCUCGCUUGGAAGAGCCAGGCAAACAAGGUUGCAGAGCAGCGUCGGCAGCUGCGGCGGCUGUACCGCGCCACCAAGUUUCGAAAGGCCAGUCGCGGCGCGAAGCAGCAGCGGACCAUAGUUGAUGCACGGAUGGUUGGCCAGUUCUUUCGGGCCUAUGCCGCAUGGGUGGCGCAAGCACGCGUGCUGCAGGCCGGGCAAGAGGCUUUGGCUGCGCAAAGUUGCUGGCUGAAAAUUCGGACAACUGCGGUAUUCAUGAGAAGCAGCAGGACUUCCUGA